AUGACCCCCGCUCCUCCAUACUCUGAAAGGCCCCAGCCACUCCCACCAGCGACGCUGGCCCCAGAGCGCCGCACGCCAGGGAUGUCCCUAUACAUGCUCUUCCUCGUCCUCACACAGAUUGCCACAGUGGUGCUUCUUGGCGUCUGCGUUGAAGCUCUCACCAGUAUCCACAGCAUGUUGAAAUCAGGAAAGGCGGGAGUCGUGAUCCAUCGUAAUUACGCCACUCCCACUCCCUUGGCCAGUCCGUUGCUGGUGAAGAUCGAUACGGAAGAUGGUCGGGAACCAUUGUUUGUCACUCCGCUUGGGACUCCAACUGUACGGGUCCAGACUGAGCCGGAGGUUGAUUCUGGAGGGAAGGAAGUGGUGGAAGCGCCGGCGGUAGAGACUGGAGUGGUAGAGACUACUAGUGUGGAGGACUUUCUUACGGAGGAGACUGGGACGGGUUGA